GAAAUUUCGUAAAACGUCAAAUUAAAACUUUCUGCGAUAAAGAUUUGGUGGAUUCCAGCCAAAUUUGUUCGAAUUUCUCGAGAAAAUUCGCAUCUUAGACGCUAAAAAUACUAAAAUCAGCUUUAUGAAGCAUGGAGGACGACUGGGAAGCACUAGCUGAUUCAUCGAAAGUGGUGAAACCCAAACCCGUGAACGUGAAUAAAUGGGAUGGCGAGGAUAUCGAGGAAGAUGUCAAGGACUCCUGGGAAGACGAAGACGAGGAAGAAGACUCGAAAAAGGACAGCAACGACAGUACGCCCGUAAAAACGAAGCCCAAGAAAACGCUACAACAAAAAAUCGCGGAAAAGGAACGUGCCCGAUUGGAGGAAAUUGAGAGGAAACGUCGCGAAAAGGAAGAAGCUGAGAUGACGCCGGAGCAGAGACUCGCGGAAAAGGCUCGCAUCCAAAAGUUGCAGGAGGAAAAUGACCUAAAACUCGCAUUGGAGACCUUUGGACUGACGGAUGCAGGUGCGACGGGCGGCAUUGAUGCCCGAAACCCACAAACUGUGGAGGAAUUUACCGAAUUAGCCGAUGCAAUUAGUAAAAAGGUCUUGCAAUUCAAACUUCGCGACGAAUUUCCAAACUUUGCCGAGGAGCUUGUGCGCAACAUUUGUGCCAGCAUGACAUCGACUCACAUUAGGAAAAUUAAAACGACGGUAGAUAACAUGUACCUAGAAAAGCAAAAACUUGAAAAGGGCGACAAACCGAAGAAGAAAGGUGGCAAAGUCAAGGCCAAAUUGAGAGUUGAAGGAGAAAAUUCACGACUCGACGACCUCUCAACCCAAUACGAUUACGAUGAGAUGGAUGACUUUAUGUAACACCCGAGAGCUGCUAAUCACUUCUUCUACGAUAUUACUGCAAGAAAGCUGUACAUGAGUUUUAUCAUUUUUCAUAUAUAUUUUUAUUAUUACCACACCAAGUGCUCAAAAUUCGCGUGUUUUUGUUUUGCACUUUUUGUUCACAAGUCUUUUCAAAUUCGCGAAAUUAUUUUUUUUUAAAUAUAAAAUGUUAGAAAAUCGAGUGAAAAUUCAAUAUUUCUAAAGAUUAAACUGCCAUAAGUUGUUUUUUGCCCCAUGUUAUCGAUAAAUCAUCAAAUAUUGUAUAAAAUUUAAGAGAAUUUGUACAUAAAAAAUGCUUAAAAUCCCGUGUACAGACCUAUUACAACACACAAUAGAACAGUGACAAAAUCAAAUAAUAAUGAAGUUAAUUCGUUAAUUAAAUUCGAAAAAAAGUGUUUUUUUUUACAAUU